UUUUUUUAGUAUUACAGCCAAUCUACCUGGUUCUUGAUCUGAAACUUACGUAUUGAAUAACUUAUACCAUUUGUUCACAUUUGUAUCGUUUAGUGAGAAAUCAAAACGAAGUACAACAUCGCCAUUGCGAGUGCAUUUCUUGCUAGAGAAUUAAUGUUCGUUCUAUCGAAAUUUCUCUGAUUACUUGACAACAAUUAAACACUUUUAGUCGUGUGUAAUCUUUUCUGAUUUUAUAUCGUGAUAUUUACUCAUUACAAACAGUUACGAUUCUAUUUCUUCCAAAAAAUCAGUCUUUUUGAAAAACAUUUUUUUUUUAAUACAUCUCUGCUUUAAUGAAGACAUGUGUUACGGUGACAAGGGGAUUACAAAGUUAAGUAAAACUAUUUGAAAAAUUAAGUCAACAUCGAAAAAGAGAAUUAUCGCUUAAAGGGCACAAGAUGGAAGGUGAAAUGUCGUCUGGAGCAGCAGAACCGAGCAAAACUACAAUGUUCUUUUAUAAUACACCUAAAAAUCACUUCUUUAAUGCGUUAGUAGCUGGUGCAGUGGCGGGAAUGGUAGUAGACGUAGUCUUAUUUCCUAUAGAUACAAUGAAAACCAGAUUACAAAGCGAAUUGGGUUUUUGGAGAGCUGGAGGUUUCCGUGGCAUUUAUAAAGGUUUAGCGCCCGCAGCAGCCGGAAGCGCACCUUCCGCGGCACUGUUUUUUUUUGCUUAUGAAAAUUUAAAGAUUUUUCUAGGUGGUAUAACCCAGAGCAGUAAGAAUUCUCCUUACAUUCACAUGAUGUCCGCCUCAAGUGCAGAAGUGCUAGCCUGCGUUGUGCGAGUCCCUGUUGAAAUAGCCAAACAAAGGCGACAGGCUUCGAAUCAUAAGCAGCAACAAAGCAGUUUGCAAAUAUUAUGGACUGCGUAUAAAAAUGAAGGUUUAAGGCAAGGUCUCUAUAGAGGUUUUGGAUCGACAAUAAUGCGAGAAAUACCAUUUAGUUUAAUUCAGUUCCCAUUAUGGGAAUACUUCAAAUUGCAAUGGAGCCCUGCUACGGGCUUGGAAUUAACUCCUUUCUCGGUGGCCCUGUGUGGCGCUAUAGCUGGUGGGAUUUCUUCCGGCCUUACUACUCCAUUAGAUGUGAUUAAGACACGCGUGAUGUUGGCCGAACGAAACAGUUUGAUUGUUAAGUUAACUAUACCACAAGUUUUGUCCUCUAUUCUCAGGGAGAAAGGCUUUAAGGGUUUAUUUGCUGGAUUUAUACCUCGUGUUUUAUGGAUAACUUUAGGUGGUGCCUUUUUCUUUGGCUUUUAUGAUUUAACGUCUCGCUUAUUAGUUUCAAAAGAAGCCUAUCACAAAUAAAAAAUCAUUUAAAUUUUUUAUUGUUUUGUAAGGUAUUAAGGAAAGUUUACACAUCUCUUAUUAGUACGAGAAGAAAAAUUGGCUUAGCGUUGUUCAUUUCAUUUAUUUACAUGUCUGACAACUUUACCCAAAUUUUCAUUAAACGCAAUAGUCCGGUGAUUGAUGGAAGCUGUUGUUCGUCUUGCAAGCAUUAACCUGAGAUAAUAAUAAUG